AUGAAGUCGUUCGCCUUCUCUGCUGCGUCGUCGCUUGCGGCGGUGCUGCUCGUUCUCGCGCCCUCGGCAGCCCAGGUGGCUGCUCAGGCGACCAACGCGUCGGCCAUCCCCACCAACGUCUCGGCAUCCUGCUCGUCGUUCCUCUCGACGCUCAACUCGGACACCCAGCUCGACGCCUGCACCAAGCCGCUCCUCCAGGCUACGCGCAUCUACUCGUCCAACGCCACCGACUCGUCCACACAGCUCGACUCGACGCUCACCGAGCUCUGCUCCGCCGACACCGGCUGCGACCCCAACAUCAUCCGCGCACGCCUCGACCAGUUCUGGCAAAACUGCCACACCGACCUCCAGUCGAAAAACACGCAGGUGCAGGCGAUGUACGACAACCUCUACAUGAUCACCCCGCUCGUCAACUCGAUCUGUGCAAAGGACAAGAACGCAGACUACUGCCUCAAGACCAUCGCCAAAGCGGCGGCCACCUCCCAGCGCGUCGCCGCCACCACCCCGUCGCGUCGAAGCCUCGAUGCCGACGCCGACGACGAGGAUGACGACGAAGAGUGGGAUGAAGAGGAUGCCGAGGAGCUCGUCAAGAGGCAGUCCACCUCGUCCACCGACACCAUCACCGGCCUCACCAACGCGACCGACUCGUCGGCCACGCCCAACACCAACGCCGCCUUCCUCUUCAUCUCGUCGAGCAGCCCCAAGAGCAUCCUGUGCUCGCAGUGCACACAGCUCAUUCUCGCCUCGUACAUCAAGUUCGAGACCUCGAUCCCCUACGCCAUCGGCCUCAGGACCUCCGAGAUCCUCGCGCCCCAGAGCGACAUCUACAAGGCCGCCAAGUCCAACUGCGGAAACGACUUUGUGGUCCAGGUCAACAAGAUCGCCAACACCACCGGCUUUGCCGCCGUCGCCAGCAGCGCCCCCGGCGUCGCGGCGAGGUCGGGCGUCGUGGCGCUGGCAAGCUUCGCCGCGGCAGCUGUCGUCGCUCUCGUGGCGCUCUAA